AUGUCAUCAUAAUCUUAAUAAGAAUAUGAUUAGGAUCAAGAAAAUAAUGAAGAACUGUAAGACGAUGAUCAAGAAUUCUCAUCAAAAUAAUAGGAAAGCUAAAAAUAGGUUAAGACUACUAUCAAAAAGGUUAGGAAUUAUCAAAAAGUACCUGAGAAUCUUAAAUCAUAACUACUUAAAUUAGUAAUUUAGUAGGGUGUUAAAAUAAAUUAAGCAGCUCAACAAUUAAAUUUAAAAUAUGCAACAGCUAAAACAAUAAUCUUCACUUACAGGGCUUAAUCAAAACCAAAGAAGUCUAAAAAUAAAAAAAAGAAGACAAGUACAAAAGUAGAAUUUGUACCAAUCCAAAAUAAUAAUGUUAACCCUAUUCAUGUUGAAAUUUCAAUUGGAGGAAAUCUCUAGAAUAAAUUUACACUCGAAUGA